AGACCCAACAGCAACAUCUCCAAAUGAGUUGAAUGCGCUUGAAAAUAGGCACAUUGACUAUAAGAACCAUUAUGCUUUUCACGCUUUGCACCUUCCUUACUCUUUUCGCCUUUUCCACCUGCUUUGAUGAGACUAAAGCAACCAAUCUAGAAAGUCAAGAGAUAUAUGAUGACUUGUUUGAGUCUAAAGAAGAUUUCCCUAAUGAGAGGAAUGUUCAUUCCGAUGAGUAUCGGUACUGGGGAUCCAACAGCAUAAAUGACAUUAACAGAUACAACAGACUGUCCAUGCAGCCUGAGAACGAGUUUCUACAGGAACGAAGCCUUAAACCUGCUGCAAAUCUGCCUCUGAGAUUUGGAAGAACAUCCGAUGACAAAAUAGCCAAAAGCAUUCCCAGUUUUGAUAAAAUAGCCAAAAGCAUUCCUAAUCUACCUCAACGGUUUGGGCGUUACUUGUCUGGCAAGGCUAAUGUCCAGUCAGUGGCUAAUUUACCGCAGAGGUUUGGAAGAGCACAAAAUAGCGACCAUUUUGUUCACUCUUUUGCUACAUUACCAAUGCGAUUUGGAAGAACGCCGCAUUCUGAUAAACUUCAAUAUGAAAUGAAUUCCCAUCCUCUAGAAUUGAAAAACCCUGAAGAAGACAGUGACAAGAAGAAAAGACAAGCAAUGACCUUUGAAUACGAGCCGAGUCUACAGAUGUAGCAGCUAGUGAAUCGCCCACAAAACCCAUCAUCUGUCCAACACUGUAUUCCAAACAGCCAGAUAUGCACUCUUUGCACUUAGUGGUGAAAUCAGCUUUACGCUAAUGCAUGACCCACUUUAAAUUCAAAAGAAAAGUGAUGAAAAUGCAAAGCAAAGAAAUGCAUCAGAAAACUGUGAUGAAAACAAUUAUUUAGUUAAAGUGCAACAAAACUACAUUAUUAU